CCCUAACAUUUCUUGUCAGUUCAUCGCCUCGCUGCCACGCCACUCGCGAUCCGCUGCGUCGCCAAGCUCCAUCACGCUCCCAUGGCCACUCUCGGCCUCACCAAGCCCGCUCCCAACGAAGCUCCUCAGAUUGCAUUCUCUGCAAAGGAGCUAGAUUUUGCAGAAUGGAAGGGCGACCUGCUUGCUAUAGCUGUUUCAGAGAAAGAUAUGUCGAAAGGCUCAGAUGCCAAGUUUGAGAACCCAAUCUUGAAAAAACUGGACGACAAACUUGGUGGCCUUUUAGCAGAAGCUUCUUCAGAGGAGGGCUUCACUGGAAAGUCAGGUGAAUCGACUGUUCUGAGACUUCCAGGCUUGGGUUUUAGAAGGCUAGGUCUAGUAGGGUUCGGCCCGUGCACGUCGUCCACCGCAACAGCUGCCUAUCGAGGCAUCGGAGAGGUUGCAGCAGCUGCAAUGUCUGCUCAAGCAAGCAGUGCCGCAAUUGUUCUUGCAUCUUCUGAGGAGAACUCGGAAGAUUUCAAACUUGAAGCAGCUUCAGCAAUUGCGUCUGGAGCUGUGCUAGGAGUUCAUGAAGACAACAGGUUCAAGUCUGAAUCCAAGAAGGCUCUCCUUAAAUCAGUGGAUAUUAUCGGUCUUGGUUCUGGACCUCAAGUGGACAACAAACUGAAGUAUGCAAGUGAUGUUUGUUCCGGAGUCAUUUUCGGAAGGGAGCUUGUAAAUGCACCAGCCAACGUGCUUACUCCUGGUGUACUGGCAGAAGAGGCUUCAAAAGUUGCUUCUUUAUACAGUGAUGUGAUUACUGCAAAAAUAUUAGAUGCAAAGCAGUGUGAAGAACUAAAAAUGGGUUCAUACCUGGGUGUUGCUGCUGCAUCGUCAAACCCUCCUCAUUUCAUCCACUUAUGUUAUACACCACCAAAUGGUGAUGUGAAAACAAAGUUGGCGAUAGUUGGGAAGGGACUAACAUUUGACAGUGGUGGUUACAACAUAAAGACUGGGCCAGGCUGUUUGAUUGAGCUUAUGAAGUUUGAUAUGGGUGGUUCUGCAGCUGUUUUUGGUGCAGCAAAAGCCAUCGGCCAAAUUAAGCCCCCAGGAGUAGAGGUGCACUUCAUUGUUGCUGCCUGUGAAAAUAUGAUAAGUGGCACAGGCAUGAGACCCGGUGACAUAGUCACAGCUUCUAAUGGCAAGACAAUUGAGAUUGCAGCUCAAGCAUACAUUCUUCUCAUGUUUGUAAACAAUACUGAUGCUGAGGGAAGGCUUACACUAGCAGAUGCUCUGGUAUAUGCUUGUAAUCAAGGUGUUCAAAAGGUGGUUGAUCUGGCAACUCUAACCGGUGCUUGUAUAGUAGCCCUAGGGCCGAGUAUUGCAGGGAUUUUCACGCCCAGUGAUGAGCUAGCUAAGGAAGUUGUAGCAGCUUCAAAGGUCUCUGGUGAGAAGUUUUGGAGGAUGCCAUUAGAGGAGAGCUACUGGGAGAAUAUGAGAUCAGGUGUAGCUGACAUGACGAACUCUGGAGGACGUCAGGGUGGUUCUAUCUUAGCUGCACUUUUCCUAAAACAGUUUGUCGAUGAGAAAGUCCAGUGGUUGCACAUAGACAUGGCGGGCCCAGUUUGGAAUGACAAGAAGCGCGCAGCCACAGGAUUUGGAGUAUCAACACUUGUGGAAUGGGUUCGGAGUAACUCUUCUUAGAUCAACUCAAUGCGUUGUCGAGCUGAUUAGCGCUUUCAUUAUUCGGCAUAAAACAACUGCAAAUUCUUCUGUUGCAAUGAAUCCAGUCUUUAUGAGCCAAAAGGAAUUAGGAGUUUGUGAUACUGAAGCUUGUUAGCGACAAAUUAUUCCCUUCAAGUUAUUUUCUUUCUGAUAUAUGGUAUGAAAACUUAGGCAGUAGUUGAUAUUUGUCGACCAAUAACAGCACCAGAAUAGUUGAAGAAAAGGAACAGGAAUGAAGACAUUUUGAUGAUUCUUACUCGGAAUAGUUUAUCAUAACGCGAAUUUCAUUUUGUUGUCCUCGUUGUUGAAGGACUGGCUUCUCAUCGCAAUAAAAAAUCACACAAGCAUAUAUAACUCUAUAUAUUUGGUGGAAAGCAAAUGCAUGUGGCCAAAUAUCUUGGUUGUUUCUUUUGGAUUUAUUUUUUUA